CCCUUCGGUCCGGUAAAUACAGCCUCCUCGCCUCUCGGGUAUGGAUUAUUCGCAGCGAGCAGCGAGCGGAGCCAGUCCGAGCCUCGCGCCUCCCGCGGCCGCUCGUGCCCGGCGACCUCCGCACUCGCGCUCCCGUCGUAGCCUUAUAACCACGCGUAGCACGUCCGUAGCUCGGUGGCUCGUAGCGCGCGCCUAAUGUAACCUUCCACCCGUAGCACCGGGCUCGGCUACACCGCCGCUAUUAAAGCAUGCCGCUGCUAAUACGGGCACCAUUGUGUUCAAAUGACGAGACUAAUGUCAUAUUAAAAUAUCAUGGGGAGCACCUGUGGAACAAUUAAUAUUUGUGAAACUUUCACGUGAUUUGUUCUUUAUUGUUUCAUUUACGUAUCAAUUUAUCAAACCGCAUGCAAUUAAGCAUAAGAUAUGAUUCAAGUGGAGAGCUUUAAGCGUCCAUCGCCAUCACCUUCUCGGAGUUCCGUGCGGAGUGACAGUCGAGUGUUCCGGCAGCCGCGAGUCAUCACGGUGAACCGCGAUGCUGCCACGAUGGUGGACGGCGAGGCGAGCGGGCCAGCCACCGCCGCCACCACCGCCGCUCCACCCACGGACUGGGAAACACGGCUCACACAAAACGCUGCUCACUUUAGAUCCCGCACAUUUAGCGACGGCUUCAUUAGAAACACAAGUCUCGAACUCCUGCUCGGUGUAGACUGCGAAGCUUGCCUCGCUCUUGCUGCACAAAGACAAUGUUUAGAUGAACACAUAUCAAAACAUGAUUUUGACCUAGUUUGCAACUGUAAUGUCCAACAAAAUAAUUUUGUCAACUGCCAUCGAAACGUCGACCAGAGAGGCCACACUCUUAACAUCUACGACUUGGAAAGAAUUAAACGGGACACAGGUCGAAGUCAACUCACAAUCGGAUCACAUCGUAGUCUUGACAGAAAAUACAACAAAAGUAGGACUAUCGGUGUAUCAAACUACAUUUCAAAACAGUUGAUUUCUUACGAUCCAAGGAAUACACUUGUGCAAAAGAUAAAAAGGAAGCUAUCAAACUUAAAAAAGAUAGGCGGCGAGGCAAUAUCAAAAAAACAUCAGAACGCUGUCCAACUGGCGGAGAUAACAUCGGGCUCCACGAGCUCUCUCAAGAAGACAUCGAUGUUGUCGUUGGCAGACAAGUCGCAAAGGAGAGUAAACAGUCAGAGUUGUAUUUUCACUUCUUCGGGCUAUCAAGGGAAGGAUGAUUUAAAGAGCAACGCUUCUACGUACGCAAAUUUUUCUGGGAAUGUGGACCAAUGUUUUGAUAAAUUGAGAGAUUAUAAUGUAAGUUCAGACAUAAAUAGACGUACCUCACAAAAAAUGGUAAAAAUGAGAAGUUUUGAUAAUAACGAAAUAUUGGUUACUAGAAAUUCUCCGGCUUUAGAGAGAACAAAAUUUUCUACUUUAGACAAUCGUAGUCGGUGUAAAGGUAUUAAAAGACAAAUGUCAUACAACGAUUUUCCAAGUGAAAGAUACCGAGAUAGAUUAUCGGAGUCUUGGACGCGAGACGAGAGCACGAUGGAGUCGAGAAGUACUCGCAGUGAUUUAGUGGAUGACGACGCACAAACGUUCCUGGAGGGCGACGUCAUGGCGAUGAGCGGGCCGCGCUCGGCACACGCGCUCUGCACCUGCGAAGCGCCACAAGAUACCAGACUGCCAUCUAUUUUUUAUGACACGCACGGUAAGAAGCGAGCGACUCCAGCGCCCGACGUGACGGAGCGCGGGCAGGGCCGCGUGGCGUCGUGCAACGCGUGCAAGUCCCCGCAGUGGCUGUCCACAGGCACCACGUCCACCACCAGUCACAGUUCCACCACCACUGGGAACUCUUCCCGUUUAUCAGUGUGGCAUCGGCGUUGGUGCUGCGUGGCGAUCCUGGUGCUGGUGGCGGGCACCGCGUGUGUGGCCGGGCCCCUGGCGCUGCGAGCCCCGCCCGGGGCGCCCCUGCACGAAAGACUGCGACUAGCCGAGCGACUGCUGCACGACACACCGCUUAUAGACGGACACAACGACCUUCCCUGGAACAUAAGAAAGUUUUUACACAAUAGGAUAAAAGAUUUCAAUUUCGACGAGGAUUUGCGGACCAUCUCCCCGUGGGCAACAAGUUCGUGGAGCCACACCGACCUGCCUCGACUGAAACAAGGCAGAGUGGCCGCACAGUUCUGGGCGGCGUACGUGCCGUGCGACGCGCAGCACCGAGAUGCGGUGCAGCUCACGUUCGAACAGAUCGACUUGAUACAAAGACUCACCGACAAAUACCACCCUCAGCUCACAUUGUGCACCUCUGCCGAAGAUAUAAUAUCUGCGCACGCCAACCACAGACUGUGUUCAUUAGUGGGGGUGGAGGGUGGGCAUGCAAUUGGAGGCUCUCUUGGCGUCCUGAGGACCUUGUACCAAGUAGGCGUCAGAUACCUGACCCUUACCUCAACGUGUGACACUCCGUGGGCAGAAUGUGCGUCCCCAGAUAAACCUGAACCGUCCCCACGAGGCGGACUCACUCCGUUCGGAAAGAUAGUGGUGAAGGAAAUGAAUCGGCUGGGCAUGUUGGUGGACCUGUCGCACGUGUCGGAGCGCACGAUGCGCGACGCGCUGGCCGUGUCGCGCGCGCCCGUGCUGUUCUCGCACUCGUCGGCGCGCGCGCUCUGCAACGUGACGCGCAACGUGCCCGACGCGGUGCUGCGCCUGCUGGCCGCCAACAAGGGCCUCAUCAUGGUCAACUUCUACACUUCGUUUCUCACCUGCAAGGACACGGCGACGGUGCAAGAUGCCAUCGCACACAUUAAUCAUAUAAGGGAUGUAGCCGGUGUGGACAGCGUGGGCCUUGGCGCUGGCUACGACGGCAUUAAUUAUACACCACAAGGCCUAGAGGACGUGUCGUCGUAUCCACUACUAUUCGCUGAGCUCAUGGAGGAAGGCUGGAGCAUAGAUGAACUUCGAAAGUUAGCUGGCCUCAACCUUCUCCGCGUGAUGGGGGCAGCUGAGCGCGUUGCCCGCGACCUCGCGUCCGCUCGCGUGGCGCCCUAUGAAGACGUCGCACCGAAACCAUUUGACACUCACAACUGUUCAAGUCAAGACCUUUAAAUCUGGAACAUUAGCUCAAUUAUUAUAAUCUUAGAAAAAUUUACUUUACUUACUUGAUAGUUUUUUUUAACUACAUUUUCUCAAAACUUAUUAGGUUUAAAAUUUUAAGAGUCCAAUCGUGUAACUAUUUACUAAACAUAUUUAACGUUAAAUACAUUUAAGAUACUGUCACUUUUAAACAAUUGAAUGAGAUAGUUGAUAUGUUGUUUUAAAUAUAUUUACCGUUAAAUACGAUUGGUCAGUGGUCACUAGUUUGCAUAAGCCUCUUUUACCAAUAAAUAGCCUCUAGCUUGUUUAAAUAUAUUUUUUGGUUACUUCUAAUUUAUUAUUUUCAUCAAACUCGGUGCUAUAUGGUGUGUCCAAGUUAGGGUUGGAAGAAUGUUUAUCUUAUGUUAUAAUUUACUAAAAUAUCCUGUGUCCUCAAGAUUCUCGACUCAAAUUAGGCAACUACGCACCUAAUCCGUAAUUCUUCUAUUCGUAACAUUCCACAUUUUGUGCGUCCUGCUUGAGAAUUUAUUGAUACAAACGAUGUCUCGCCGAGACCAUUCCUACAUAAAUAUAUAAGCAUGCAUUGAGCUAUUUUCGAUGAUAACCCUUAUAAUCGAAAAUAGCAGUAUUAAGGACACAAAGAUAUAGGUACUCAUAUUUAUUUCUACGUUCCAGCGAUAGGGUGAGCGAGCAGAACAGUUUCGAUAGCCCGCUUCUCCGGUCCAAAGAUGUAAUAAACAAUAGUGAUCUAUCUCAGUCCAAUGUCGGCCCGGACACAACUAUACGAGGCGGCCAUUACUUACCUAUAGUGUGUAAUCAAUUUGUAAACAUAGUGUUUGUACUAUGAUAUCGACGCUAUCACCAUUCCAUUACUAAGUUACUUCGUAUAUAAAACUGAAUGUUAUCAAAAUUAGGUGUAUACCUACCUAUCUAUGCAAGUAUAUCUAAAAUGGGUGCUAAGGACUCGUUCUAAUACAUGUACGCCCAGUUGAAGUUGACAAAACAAAGAAAAGUUUUCGAAACAAACCUAGGAAUUUAAACCAGAAAACAAGAACUAGAUUAUAAUAAAAUUAUGUUUUGAGAUUGUAGUUCUAACUGAACCCAGUAACAUUUUUAUGUACGAAUUAAGUAUUUUUUCAAUAUCGAAGCCAGUUCAAAGUAAAAAUCUCGCCUUUUCAUCGCUGAAGGAAAAACAGCUUCUUAUUUUUACUUGUAUUGUAAACAUAUGUAUUUGCCUUUAUAGCUUUAAUGGGGAAACGGGUUUACCCAUUUGGAUAUUGGUACCUAUGUACACAUUUUGAAGCUGAGGAAUAUAAAGCGUGAGGUCAGGUACCGUCAGUGAUGAUAACACAUCUGAAAAUAUAGUUACCGAGUUCGAUGAAAUAUGUACCUAACAUCUACCGGAAUGUCCCCAAACCCCCAUAAUAUAAUGAAGGCGGUUAUCAAUCUAAGUAGUAUUGUUAUCAAGCUUUAAUAAAUUAGUGUAAUUAUUACUUAGAAACCUACAUUAUAAUUUUAGUACCUACCCUGUAAUAUUAUUCUCGUCCGAUUAGAUGUGAUUUCAUACUUUUAACUGAAACAUAGAGACUAAUUUCUUUAGACGUGAAAUUAUGUACAUGUUUUAUGCAUUUACACAUAUAUAUUGUACCUAACCUUAAAAGCUUUUUAAAUAAUGAACUAUUAUCCGAUUAACAAAUGCGAUUCGCAGUACGAUCUAGUUAACAGUUUAAUUAUAUACUUAGGUAGGUUUAAUAUUACCUUAAAGAUGACUUCAGUCAUUAAGAUAAACUAAAUAUCAUAAUUUUAUUAUUUAAAAAAACGUUAUAGUUAUACAGUGUGUUUUUAUUAGAGACACAUACAGAGUACAGGAAGACACAGUCAUGGUUUGUUCUUCAGAAUCUGAUCCUCGGAAUUUGUUGUCGAUACCACCACGAUUUCUACAUUCUUACCGAUGGGGAAUAUUGUGCUCAUGACAAAAUAUUGAGAUAAAAACGCACUGCAUAAACACAUAGCUUUACCUUAUCAACGACCAAUAAUAAUAGUUAAUCGUAGAAGUUAUUAGAGAAAUUAGAACUGACCCUAUUGACCCAUGUCAUAAGUAUCGCUGUAUUUGGAUCAAGGAUGUGUUAAAAAUAUUCUAAUUACUUAUUUAUUUAUUUAUCUACAUACAUUUUAACAGAAAAAGGGCACGUGCUUUAGGGAAAGCCAUAAACAACAAUUCACUCAUAAAAUACCUAAAGUCGACAUGAACGACACGACCUUCUUUCUAAAAAAACUAAGGUAAAUUAAUAUUUUUAUCAACAACACAUAGACUGAAGGAUGAAUUAUUAUAUCAGCCAUUAGGCAAAAUGCUAACUUCUUCCUUGCAGCACCUAUUAUUGGAGUCAGAAUUUGCUCAUAUCACCCCUAAGCCGCAUCUUUUGGUGUAUACUCUACACACUCGGCGGAGUCGGUAGUGUUUACACAACUGAAACAAAGAGAGCCGCAGGUGGUCAGGCACGAGUACCCAAAUAUAAUGUGCGUGCGAUACUUAUUACAUGAAUUUUGUACCUCCUAACGCAAUAUUAGUUAGUAAUGUAAAUAGUUAAUAUUUGUCAGUACAAUGGUAAUAAUAGACGGAUCUUAAGACUGAAGUGUUUCAGAAAUAAAUUAGUGUACGUUUGCUACGAUGUUAAAUAAGUAUAAACAAUUAAAGUUACGCACUACAUUCUAUAUCUUAAGAUGUGUUUAUUAUUCCUUAAGGGAAGACUUACGCUAAUGUCCUUGCUAGUACCUAUUUGUGUAUAUUUUUAUCUCAAUUGAUGAGAAAUAUUAAUUAAUUAUCUGUGAGACAUAUCUCAUUUACCUGAUCAUAGGCGAUGUUAAUAAAUUGCUAAGCAGAAACCUCGUCUUCUAUUUGAUAUUCGAUCGUUUUUAUAAAACCAAUUAUAAAAUAUUUAGAUACAAAUGUUCAUAAAUUCAUCGCGCUAGAUAAAACAUACGUUUGUAAUGCCUAGUAACCUAUUGCUUUUAGAAUGUUUUGUCAUAGUUUUAUAAAGAGAUCUAGUGUGAGCCAUGUUGGAUAUCACAGUUGUCUAUCUAAUAUUACCUACUUACUUAAAAAUCUUUGAAAAUCACAAAGCAACUUAUUUACCUAAUGAUAAUAGUUUAAUGAUCCAUGGAUAUAACAAUAAAUUAUUUUAAUCUUACGAUUUGAUUUAACGUAGUGGUUUCGGUAUUGUUAUUAAAAAAUAUCAACUCAUCGUAUUUACUGGAAUAAUCAAUUAGAUAUUUUUUGUUUUAAUAGCUUGCCCAAUAAACACCUAUUUUUAA